CCCAAACGGCCCAACUCCAAAUAAGGAUUACUAAUUUCUCUCACGCCGCCAUCGCCGCUCAGACGCCGCGCCGCCUGGCAUCUGGUAUCCCACUCCACCCUCUCCGACCACCUACACGCUCACUUGAAGUGGAGAGGUGUAUAACUUUGUUUUCUUUUUUCGGACUGAUUGAGUGGAAGAGCUCUUGAUUGACUAGCUACAUUACAUAUAUUGGAUAGAGAGAAGGACAAGUUGCAUGUAUUGUGCGUGUCAGAUUUAAUCAAGUUGCACAAGAUUCCAGCGUUCUCACUUCAUAAUGGACAGCGACGUUCCUUCUUCCCGCCGGAGUAGCUGCAGUCAUGGAGGAGCGAAGUCACACACUAAGAAAAGGAAGCUGAGAAGCGCGGAUAUUGUCGAACAAGUGCCAGAAAUUUCAAAAUCUGCUCGCUUCGAUGAAUCGCUCGGAGGUGUGGAAGAGCAUUUGCCGUGGAAGAAUUUGCAGCUGAUUCUGUCGCUACAAGACAAAAACGUUGAUAUCAGGAAGAACAUUGAUUUGGCAUUUGAUUAUGCAAAAUCAAGCAAUAAUGAAGACAUGGAUGAUAUUGGCCGGAGGUCGCAGGUGUUGGAUACAUCAAGAACGAUAGUUUUCGUAAGCAAUUGGAUCCAAUCAUGUCUCAUUUCUUCAGAAAAGAAAACAAGGCAUGAUGAAGGAGCACCUCAGUUUGAAACUUCUGGGUCAAUUAUGGAUCUUAGAUGCUGGAAAGUCUUUCAUUUCUGCUUGGAAGAGUCGAAAAAACUUAAUCUUUCAUUGACAUGUUCUAGGGACUUUUUACGGGUGAUUCAUGCAAUUGCAAGGGAUGCAUCAUCUUUUGUAAAUGGAACGUCCUCAGCUGUUAAGGAAUCACUUUCAGGAGAACAAAUACAAAUUUAUGAUGUUGUGCUUGAUUGUGUCUCGAUGAUAUUCUCAUUCCAUGGUGGAAUUGCUAACAAAAAUUUAGACCUGUGGAUUUUACUCAUGGAUAAAGUGAUUGACUCAGCCUUGAAAGUUUUAAUGGGCCAGCAUGACGGAAGCAAGCUUGGGGAUUUCAUCUUGCGGUUAGCUUGUUAUUUGUUUGAGCCAUUUGCUAAGUUUCUAUGUGUUCACCCGACACGUAAAAAUGGUUUCCAAAAUUUCAUUGAUAAGCUUCUUGAGCCUCUGCUGCACUUGCUACAUGUUUUGCAUUCUAUACCUUGUGACAGUGGUGAUGAAUGGAAAGUUAAUAUAACUAAAUGGGUGGAAGAAGUUUUGGCUCAAGGACUAUUUCACCCCACUCAUAUUGAAGGAUUUCUCAGCUUGCAGAGUUCUGUUAGAUAUAGAAAUUUGUCUGAUACUUCCAUAAAAGAUGGAAAGCUGGUGAACAAAAGUUAUCACAGGCAUCUAUUUGAUGAAGUGGAGAAGAUAGUAGCAAAGAAAAAUGACUUCGCAUUAAUUGGUUUAGGAAAGUUGCUUCACUUGUUUGUUUGUUGUGUUAUGAAGCAAAAUGGAAUUUCAGUUGGUAGUGGAGUUCCUAGGGGGCCAAAUUUCAGCUCGACCACUCAUGUUUCAAGUACCCCCCAUCGUAGCCAGACAAUGGUUUCAAAAGUGACUUCUUCAAGUCACAGUCAGAGCAUGAAUACUGAACUUCGGAGAUCAGUAUUUGACUUUUACAUACAGAUCAUGGAAUAUCUAUUGGCAGAUAUCAAUAAAUAUCUCCAAACAGAAGGGGAAUUAGGUUCUGCAUUAUAUAAUGUUUGUAAAACACUAAGAUCCAUUAAUGGUAUACUUUUUAGCCUCAUUUGUGACAAACUGUACCUAAGAACUGAGGAUACCUCUGAAGGGGCUUCCCAGAAUUUCUUGAGGUCUGUCCAUGCUGUGUUGAUGUCAUUAUCUGCCAAAACUGAAACAUCAUCUUUUGGCAAUGAUGAAAAAUCAAAUGGGGAAGUAUUGAUUUCAUUGAGGACAGAGCUUAUGGUUAGUAUACAUCACUUGUUAAAUAUUGAGUAUGAGGUUGUUGGAGAUGAUCUAGAAAGCUUAUGGAUGAUGAUUUUCUCCUCUGCUACCAGCUGCUACAGUUCAAUGGAUAUGCCAAGUCAGCCUUUGCUGUCCUCAGAGAUAUUGAAUCUGAGCUGCAGGCUUAUCGACAUAUAUAGUGACCUUCGACAGGUGGAUUCUGCUAUCUAUGCACUAUGUAAAGCAGUGAGGCAAUCUUUGUUACUUGUGAGGGAUAGUGAAGCAUAUUCAAAUUCAUUGAGCGUGCUGUUCUGCUCUUCAAAAUUUAGGCUCUCUCUUAGCAAUGCUAUCAAAACCAUACCCGAAGGGCAAGGAUCUGCUUGCCUUAGGCAGUUCUGUACAGAUAUUAAGGAAUCUCUGGAGUGGGUGAGAUUUGGAGAUGAGCCAGCUGGUAUAGGUGAAACAGUGAAGUCAAAUUCAUAUAGCUCUGAUUCGCUACAAGGCCAUUUGCGAGCAGAACUCCUGGGGAAGAUAUUGUGUGAAGUAUAUGCAAUCAUUCUCGACUCAAUACCAGUUACUUCUGGUAAUAGCUAUUCAAUUGGCGCUUCUUUGAAGAUUUUCAUAGAAAUUAUACGCCCGAGCUUGGGUAGGCUGUUUACCCUUCGGCUGGAUAGUGGCAUAGAAAUUUUGAGCAAGAGUACUGGAACUGACAAUGUAACUAUAUGCUGGUUCUUGGUGCUCUUAUUGCGUUUGAUAGUAUCCUGCAGAAGCUUAUUUCGGCAAGCCAUCAGCCUUAUGCCUCCUGAUGCUUCAAAGAAGAUGUCUGGAGUAAUAGGUGAUUCUUUAACUGUUCACUGCGGAAGGGAUUGGUUGGAGAUGACCGCGUCCACUGGUGAAGGCUUUCUUUCCUGGAUCCUGCCACCUUCAGUGUCCCUCCUUGAUGUUAUAAAUUCUGUUUCAGAUAUUUGCAUUCAAGAUUCUGCUGUACUUUGCCCACCACUGGUGUAUGUUUUAAAUGUAAUGGCUCUCCAGAGACUUACUGACUUAAAUAGACUGAUACAGUCUUCUGAGUAUAUGCUACAGUGGAACCAAAUGAAGGACCAGACUAAGCUUAAUGAUGAUGCUGAUCUGUCUUUCAAUCGUAAGCAAAUCCGGAAAUGGACAAAGUGUGUCACAAAAUUGAGAGAAGAAGCUGCCAGUCUGACAGAAUUUAUGUUGGAAUGCCUUCUGUCUGUUGCCAAGGACAAAGAGUCCUCAUCCUUUCAGGGUGGUGAUGCAGAUGGUUCCCAGAUUCGUGGUCUGCAUGAUCAUAAUUCAUCAGACAUUGCCUCAGGCUUCUUGGAUGAGAAGUCAUUGACAUCUGUUCUGUGGCAGUUAUUUUGUAAAAAUGUUGAUAUAUGGUGCUCUUAUGCUAGCAAGAAGCACUCAAGGAAUUUUCUUACACAUAUAAUCAAGAGUUCCCUUUCCUGUUUAGUCAGCUUGCAAGAGCACGAUAUAAGUACAACUGGGCACCUGAAGACAAGAACUGUACCGCAGAUAGCAUUGGAGUUUCUAAGCAACAUCAUAUCUUAUGAGCAAAGAUUUGUCCGCAGAUAUAUGGCGUCAAUGUUCUGCAGAAUUCUGCAGAAGUCAGUUCUAUCUUUAUUUAAUACUUCUGCAGUUGAUUUAAGUGAGUCACCUGAUUGGCUCGAGGCAAUCGCUGCAGUUGGAAAUACAUCUGAUGUGCAAAGACAGACAAGACAAAAUAUGGUACCAGAUGAAUCUAGCGGUGAGCAACUUGAUGUUGAAUUUGCUAGGUGUCAAUGUCUGCUCAAUCUUCUGAUGCGGAUGCCAGAAGAAUACCUAAGUUUGAAAUCUUCAUCAUUGUACAUAACGUACAUUCUCAAUUUUGAAAGGAUUCUGGUUGGGAGCUUGUUAGGCGAGCACAGCCAAACAUGGUCCCUCAAUUCUUAUCAGAUAUUGCGAUUGCUUGUGACCUGUAGAAAGGCUCUUCACAUUUUAGCUGUAGCUUCUAGCAAAAAUAAUGUGAAUGGGUGUCAAUCACUAUGCUUAUUUCCUUUGCCAUGGCUUCUAAAAUCAUUGUCAGUGGCAAUUGAGUUUCAACCUGCAUUCCCCGAAGAUGUCGCUUUCGAAGCUAGAGCUGCACUUUUCUCAUUUUUGGAUUACACAUCUCGUGUGUUGCUGAUGGUUACUGAAAACCAGUAUCAACAUUCAAUUAGCUCUGCUGUAUCUGUUAGGAAUACCCACACAAAAAGAGAAAAUGCAGAUCGGAUCAGUGAACAAUCUGGCCUUCUAUCAUCUCCAAAAGAGACUUUGGUUACAUCUCAAAGUAUCUCAGAAUUAACAAAGGCAUUAGAAGAAGACCUGCAAAAGUCUUUGACCACUGCCAGGGAGGCAUCUGGUGAUAAGAAAAGAGAGUGCAUGACUGGACCUCAGAGUUUGAAUAAGUUAUCAUCCACAAUUGCUUCUUUCCAAGGACUAUUAUGGGGCAUAGCUUCUGCUUUAGGUGGCCAAAAAGCAGGUGCUAGUAAUUCCAGAAUGAAGUCUUCGAGUUAUGAUAUCGAACUGAUGAGAAGAAUUAAGUCGUGUGUAGAAUCAUACGUGGAAUUUACAGUAAGUUUUGUGAAGGCGGUGUUUAUUGAGGAUAAUCUGAAUCCCUGCAUGACUGCAGGCAGUGAUGAAUUGAGACCAAGAGCCUCAUGUAGACAGUACAGUGCUUCCAGAGAUGGGACAAAUGAGGGGUGCCCUAAUGAGGAAAUGGCGCCGUCUGAUGUAAUCAGUUGUCCUACAAAAUGUGAGCCUAAGGGAAAAUCCCGUUUAUCAUUUCCAGACCUGGAAGCUUUUCUGAGUGAGGUUCCACAUAAGAAACUUCAUCUUAAGAAAUCAUUGCUGAUGAAAGUUUUCGAAGCUGAGAAUACUGAGGCAGCUUUUUUUCUUGGACAGCUGUUUAUUGCAUGUUCAGCUAUUUUAAGACUCAACAUGCAGACUGAAUUGACUUCCUUAUCUUGGAGCUUGUUUCCAAUUGUGCUAGACAUUUCUGAGUUUAUGCUGAUGGAAUUUUCCAGAAGUGAAUUGCCAAAUCAAUUCGCUUUGUUUUUGUUAGAUGGUGUUGUGAGAUUCCUUGAAGAGCUUGGAAAUUACUUUCCGCAUAUUGAUCCUUCCUUGUCCAAAGAUCUUUACAUCAAGCUUAUAGUCUUGCACCAGAGGGCCAUUGGAAAGUGCAUCUGUUUACAAGGAAAACAGGCAAAGUUAGCUUCCCAAGAGAGAGGAUCACUGACAAAGCUGGCUGGUCAAGUGAAUCCCCAAUUUUCUUGGGCAAGAAGUCGAUUAGUUGAAUUGAAGGAAAGGUUGAUGAUAUCAUUUAGUACGUAUGUUAGGAAAUCAUCUGAAUUUCACUUGCUAUCUAUCAUUCAGGCUGUUGAGAGAGCUUUAGUUGGGGUAUGGGGAGACUCAAUGACAAAUUAUGAAAUAGUUUGUGGAAAUUUAGAUGGAGGGGAGGUCUCCUCUGUAGUUUCCGCUGGUAUUGUUUGCUUGGAUUCAGUUCUUGAAUAUGUAACAGGGCCUAGGCGUUUAAAUAUGAUAAAAAAACAUAUCCAGAACCUAGUUGCUGGUCUUUUCAACAUCAUCCUUCAUUUGCAGGGUCCCAGAAUCUUCUAUGGAUAUGUCGACGAUUCUGACGUACCUGAUUCUGGAGCAGUUACUCUCAUGUGUAUCGAAUUACUAACAAAAAUAUCUGGAAAACCCUCUUUCUUUGAAAUGGAUGCCUGCCACAUCGCACAGUCCCUGCGUAUACCUGGGACACUCUUUCAAUACUUUCUACAACUUCUGAUAUCUGAAUCUCCUCUCUCAUCUGCUCUGGAUCGGAAGGCUUCGAUGGAGCUUUAUGAUUAUUGUUGCCGUAUGCUAUGUACUGCUCUAAAGCAUCGUAAAAGCGAGACUCGUCAGUGCAUAGCUCUUCUUCAAGAUUCAGUGAGUGUACUUCUUCAUUGCUUAGAGACGGGAAAUACCAACCAUGCUGCUGGGAGAGAGAUGUUCGCAUGGGAAAUUCAAGAGGCCGUAAUAUGUGCGGGUAGUCUGCGAAGAAUAUAUGAAGAGCUUUUCCUCAAUGAAACCUCUCUUCAGGUACGUCAACAGAAGGAUGUUUUUGGGCAAUUCUCGUUUCAGUUCCUGUCGCGUUACAUAUGGGUUUACUGUGGAUUUGGCCCAGCUAAAACUGGCAUCAUGAGGGAAGUAGACGAAGCUUUGAGACCCGGCCUAUAUGCUCUAAUCGACUCAUGCUCAGCCGAUGAUCUUCAACUACUUCACACUACAUUUGGAGAGGGCCCUUGCAGAAGUACACUGGCUGCUCUUCAGCAUGAUUACACAGUUAAUUUCCAGUUUGAAGGGAAGGUUUGAUUAUUAAUACAUCUAUCUCUGGUGCCUCAUUACCAUGUUCUGUCCUCAGAAGCUUCUAGAAUCAUCUCCUACACCUCCCAAGUCUUGAUUUGAUGACAUGUUUUGUUUGAGUAAAAAGAUAUGCAUGUAAUCUCAAAGUUUUGUUAGCGAUAGAAUUGAUUCUAUUUUUAUCUUUUUCGUUAUCGAUUUUGGAUAUGUAUUAAUAUUGUAUUAUUCAUUCAGCCUUCAGGCGUCAAAAAGCAAAUCAUUAUAAUCAAAGCAUAUUUGUUCUUUAA